CUUUUAUUUUCAGAUUCAUAAUAAUGGAAGAGUUAAGAAAGAAAUCUUAAGUCCGUUGGUCUUAUUUCUGGGAAUGCUUGGUGUUUUUGCAUUCCUCCUUUAUUUGGCUUCUUCGAAAGUUUUGGAUAUCUACUUUGAAACUUCACUUAUCGUUCUUUACAUUCCAGCUUUUCUCGUCCUCUAUUAUUCAGGAGUGGGAUUACAUAUGCUGUGUAAAGAAUUGCAACCUAUUGCACGUAAAGUCAAAAGUGAAAUGAUAUCAUCACGUGCAAUAAGCUUUUAUCAUCAAAAUUUACUUCUUGGAAGUCAACUUCAUCAGCCACAACUUUCUGCAAAUGUAUCACCAAUAAAUGAUAGUGUAACACCAGAAGAAACUGCAGUAAUUAACAUUUUACCUCCUUUCCAGUCCAUUGACAACCCCCCACCUUAUGAAAAGUGUACUAGAAAUGUUCUGCCCAACGGAUCAAGUUUUUAUUCUUUACCAACGUAUGAAUCUGCAACAACUGAUGAAUCUGUUCGUGAGUCAUCAGUUGAACCUUUAGGAUCAGUUGUACCAGUUAUGAAUAUUAUAGAAGGUAAUGCAGAGGAUUAUAAUAAUAAUAACUCAUAUCAAUGAAAAGAAAUUGUAAACAAUUCUUCAAAUUGCAGCAGAAACUCGAGACUGCAAAGUAUUAAUGUUGGGUUUAAAGGCUAGGGUUAAUAUAAAGUAAAAAAAUUUAGUUUGUUAGAAUGCAAUGAUUAUAUUUAUAUUAGUUACAUUGCAAGAUAAUAUUUAGAUUUUUCAAAAGAUAAAAUUUAUGCUAAGAUCUUUUAGGUUGGAAAACUUGUAUUUUGACUUUUUACUUUGCAAAAAUUUUAUUUAAUAUUUUUAAAAUCUAAAGAUUAUUUGAGUUGACACAUCGUAAAAACAAAAUAUGUUUAAUAACAAAGGCUAUAUUUAGAGUUUUGAACAAUA